AUGCCGCUGGAUACGAUAUACCUCACCCGGCACGGGCACCGUCUCAAUUGGACGAUUGACCUCCGCACCGGCACCUACAAGUCACAAUUCCCAACUCCUACAGGCAAUCCAGCAGACCCAGCCUUGACGGCGCAUGGUGUGCGCCAGUCCUAUGAGCUUGCCGAACACAUCGCAGGCUCAGACUUCCACCCGAAGCCCUUUCGUAUAUACUCGAGUCCCUUCUACAGGUGCCUGCAGACAAUCCAGCCUUCCGUCGAGGAACUCAAGCGUAAACAACAAGACAACUUCAGCAAUGGGCAUGGAUCGAUUGAUGCAGCCGCCGAUCUUGAUGUGCGACUGGAGAAUGGACUCGGAGAAUGGUUUGGCCCAACGACCUUCUUCGAACACCCCUCUCAUCCACCUCCAUCAAUCAUGCGUGGCCAUUUUCCAACUUUGAUCGCAGAUUCCCGCGAAAAGAAAUACGCAUCAUUACUCAUGCCCUCCUCGCGAGGCGAAACAAUCGCAGAGCUACACAACCGCGUUGCCACAGUCUUAGAAGGCAUAAUAGAGGACGUGGACGCUGAAAUAACGGCGCUCGAAGCCGAUCUUAAACCCGAGCACCGCACGAGCAAAUCGAUACUUAUUUGCGCCCACGCGGCGCCUCUGAUCGCCAUGGGCCGAGCAUUAACGGGCCUCAUGCCAGAGGAUACUUCCAUCGAAGAUUUCCAUGUAUUCACCGCUGGACUGAGUACUUUCCAGCGCCGGGCGACUGUGAAGUCUCCAUCACAGGGUAGCGCUCAGUCCCUCCUUGCUAAGGGCACGAAACUGUUCCGCGCCGACACUGUUCCUGAGUGGGAGGGUGGUCGUGGUGUUGGAGGUGGAUGGGACUGUGUGUCAAAUGGGGAUUGUAGCUUUUUGUCCGGAGGUGCUGAGCGAGGAUGGCAUUUCAGUGGCGAGGAAGGGUUUGAUACGGGACCUAUGGCGCCGGCUUCUGAGCCUCCUUCUGUGCAGGUUGACAGAUCUGGGACUAAGUUGUAA